AUGUUACUUUAGAAUAGAAUCAUAAACAAUAAAUUCAUUAUUCAAAGAAAACUAUCUGCUGGUUCCUUUGGAAUUGUAUUCCUAGGAUUAGAUUAAAAUACUAAAUAAGAAGUAGCAAUAAAAGUAGAAAAAGAAGAAAAUGAAGAUAUUCGAUCAUUAGAAAGAGAAGUAUAAAUUUUUAAACAACUUGGUAUUAUUGAUGGAAUACCUAAAUUUAUUUGGUCAGGAGAAGAAUAUGGUUAUAAUAUUAUAGUAAUGUAACUAUUGGGAAACGACUUAGCUUAUCAUUUUAAAUAAUUGAAGCGCUUUACACUAAAAACAGCAUUACUGAUUGCCAUAUAAUUAGUUGAUGUUUUAGAAAAACUCCAUUUUUAAGGUGUAAUUCAUAGAGAUCUCAAACCAGAAAAUAUACUUUUAGGUUCAGGUAAAGAUAAUAGUAAAAUAUAUCUGCUUGAUUUUGGAAUAAGUAAAAUAUAUAGGAAUUAUAAUAACAAACAUAUGUAAUGAAUAGUAAUAAUUAUUAGUCCUUUUAGAGAAAAUAGAUCAUUUUUGGGAACUACAAGAUAUGCAUCUAUUGCUGCUCAUCUUGGUCAUGAAUUGAGUAGAAAAGAUGAUUUAGAAUCUAUGAUGUAUAUUAUCUUAUACUUCAUUAGAGGGUAAAUCUUAUUUAAUAUAAAGAUAGCUACCAUGGCAAAGUAUGUAAAGUGUUACUGAUGAUGAUAGAACUAAAAAAGUAGGUGAGAUGAAAUUAAGAUUAUAAUAAGAAAUAUUUAGAGAUUAACCUAAAGAAUUUUAAAAAAUAUUUGAGUAUUAAAUAUCCAAUAAUAUUAUAGUUACAUACGUAAAUUGUAAUUUUAGAGUGAACCAAAUUAUAAGAUGAUUACAUUUGAAUUAAAAAAGGUUGCUGAGUCUUUGAAAUUAAAUCUUGAUGGAUAUUAUGAUUGGAGUGAGAUCAGAUGUUCAACACAUUAUGAUUCAUUAAUUCCUAAUAAUAGUAUAGAAAUGAAGAAGUCUAUUGAAAAACAAUUAUCAGGUAUUAUAAAUCAAUAAAAGUAAUAUUAAUAAUUCUUUAUAUUUAGUUCUAAUUUAUUAUUAGCUCCACCUCCAUAAUUUUCAAGCAGAAACAAUCUUAAUGGUAGAGAGGAUAAUAAAAAAACUUCAUUAGCUUCCAUUAAUGGUAGUCCAAUAUGUCUACACUAUUAUUAGGUAGUUAAUAAUGUCUUUCUAUAAAUCCAUUCUAUUCAACUUCUUUGAAACAUCAUAUAGAUUUUGAAACAGAUUUAAUUAGUUAAUAACUUAAUGAAUAUCUUGGAAAUAAUAGUUUAUUUCAAAAUUAUGAUAAACUUAAAUAAUUUAAUAAAGAGUAAUUCAUUAUUGUAUUUAGAUUUCACUUAUUGAAUAAAUAUACUUUGUGAUUUGAUUGAAUUAUUUGUGAUAUUUAUCAUUUUCUUUUUUAUCAUUAUUUAAUUCAUGUAAUUAUAAACUCUAAACUCAAAUAGUUUAAUUGAAGAGCUACAAACUGAAAAGAAAUAAUCAGAAGAGACUAAAAAAUUACUUUAAAUGGUAUUUUAUUUCAUAUAGAUUUUAGAAGGUACAAGACUUUCAUAUGAAAAUGUAAAAAGAGAGAAAUGAAAAAUUAUUUUAAAAAAAUAGAUAAAUAGUUAUGCUACCUCCAAUUUUAUAAGAUGAUCAAACAUAUCCUUAUUAAUUUAAUGAAGAUGAUUUUGAAGAUGAUGAAACCUAUCAUGUCAAUAAUUUCGAUGAAAUUCAAAAAGAACUUGAAACAUUUUACUUACACAAAAUUUGA